AUGUCGGAUCCGAACAAUGUGUCGCAAUACAAGUACUCGGCGAUGUCCAACCUGGUUCUCCAGGCUGACAGGCGCUUUGUCACUCGUCGGACAGAUGAGGUAACAGGGGAUCCCGAGUCGCUUGCCGGACGGAUCAGCAUUAAAGACAUGGGGUCCCGAGCUGUCGCCUCUGAUACUUCAAAACAAAAGAAACCGGUGGGACUAAAAGGUGUUGAACGUGGCUCGAUUCACGAGGGCGAAGAGGUUUUACAGAGAGAGCAGAGAAAAAGGAAACGAGGCGAUCUGGUCCAAUCUCGCGGAGUUGGUAUUCUCUCUGCUGCGGAUGCCCUUGUAGAGGGUCUCAAAUACAGACCGAGGACUCUGGGUACUAGGGAAACUUACAACCUAAUUCUUACGAUGACCGCCAAUAGCCUUGGUGACGUUCCUCAUGAAGUCGUCCGCAGUGCGGCUGAUGCUGCCUUGGAACUAUUGAAGGACGAUAAUUUGAAGGAUUUUGACAAAAAGAAGGAGAUUGAUGACCUUUUGGGCUCAUCUCUAUCGCCCAGGGAAUUCAACGAGUUAAUGAAUCUCGGCAAAAAGAUUACCGAUUAUGACGCUCAAGAUGAGGAGGAAAAUGGGGUAAAUCUCGCAGGCGCUGAGGACGGUGAUGAACUCGACGAGCGACAAGGAGUAGCGGUUGUAUUUGACGAGUCCGAUGAAGAAAAUAGUGAUUUAAGGGCAAAUGUCGAAUUAAAAGACGAAUCCGAUACGUCAGACGAAGACAUUUCUAAUGAGGAUGAAUCAACAGCUGUGACUAAGGAUGACAAAAUGAGUACCCCCGAUGAAUCAAUUAUUUUGGAUGGAGGAGCCCAGCUGCGAGAGGAUUCAAAAACCAGUGGUGCGGCAUCUUUGGUGCCCGCCCGCGAGAUCGACGCAUACUGGCUACAGAGGGAGAUAGGAUCUGUUUACCCUGACGCCCAUAUACAGCACGAAAAGGCCCAAGAUGCGUUUAGAAUCAUGAGUGAGAUAUGCGAAGAUGGGUCAAAACACUCACUACGGGAAGUGGAGAAUGAUUUGAUGGACCUUUUUGAUUACGACCACCCCGACCUGGUGGGAAAGUUAGUCAUAAACCGAGACAAGAUAGUAUGGGCAACGAGAUGGAGAAGGGUCGCCGAAGACUCUAGUUCCAGAAGCCUUAUUGAAAAGGAAAUGGCUGAGGCAGGCUAUCUUUCUAUCCUUAACCAACUUCGAGGGCUAGAAGAUGAAGAAAAUAAGAAAACUGCUACCAAUGAGAUUAAGAUGGAUUUAAUGGACGUUGACCUACAGGAAGUUAGGUCUAAACAAGAGGAUGGCUCGUUGAUAGGCGGGUUGCAGCCGAAACGCCUUAUUAACCUUCAUGAUCUUGCUUUCAACCAAGGAAAUCAUCUCAUGACAAAUCCUAACGUAAGGCUUCCUCAAGGCUCCACAAAGAGAGCUUUGAAAGGCUAUGAAGAGAUUCACGUUCCAGCCCCAAAGUCUAGAAGAGAAACAGCAGAUGAACCGAAUAUCCCCACAUCUCAACUCCCUGACUGGGCUCAAAUUGGCUUUGGAAGUGCGAAACAAUUGAACCGUAUACAAACCAAAUGUUUCCCUAUUGCUUUCCAUGAAGAUGGUAACAUGCUUGUCUGUGCUCCAACAGGUUCUGGAAAGACAAAUGUCGCAAUGCUUACAAUUCUACGUGAAAUUGGCAAAAAUAGGAAUCCUGAAACUGGUGAAAUUAUGCUGGAUGAUUUUAAAAUUGUCUACAUUGCGCCCCUUAAGGCUUUGGUGCAAGAGCAGGUUGGCAAUUUUGGAAAACGGCUAGAACCUUACGGCAUACGAGUCUCAGAGCUUACAGGGGACCGUCAAUUAACAAAGCAACAAAUUGCAGAUACUCAAGUUAUUGUUACAACACCAGAAAAGUGGGACAUCAUAACCCGAAAGGCUACUGAUACAAGUUAUACUCGACUCGUUCGCCUAAUCAUUAUCGACGAAAUUCAUCUACUCCACGAUGAAAGAGGUCCUGUUUUAGAGAGUAUUGUCAGUAGGACGAUUCGACGAACUGAACAGACUGGAGACCCCGUGCGCCUGAUCGGACUUAGCGCCACACUGCCAAAUUAUCGUGAUGUUGGCAGCUUUCUUCGGGUUGAUCCUGUACGAAGCCUGUUCCAUUUUGAUGGUUCAUAUAGGCCAUGCCCCUUAAAACAGGAAUUCAUUGGAGUUACAGAAAAGAAGGCUAUUAAGCAGCUGAAAACAAUGAAUGAUGUUUGCUACACAAAAGUUCUGGAACAGGUUGGAACCAACAAAAAUCAAAUGCUAAUAUUUGUUCAUUCGCGCAAGGAUACGUCCAAGACUGCCAGGUAUAUACGAGAUAAAGCAGUCGAAAUGGAGACAAUCGGUCAGAUGCUGCGCAGUGAUGCAGCUAGCCGGGCUAUUUUAGCAGAGGAAGCUGAAAGCGUUAAUGAUCCGUCCCUCAAAGAUUUGAUGCCGUAUGGAUUUGGUAUUCACCAUGCUGGUAUGAGCAAAGCGGAUCGUACUUCCGUUGAAGACCUCUUUGCAGAUGGCAGUUUGCAGGUUCUUGUAUGCACUGCAACGUUGGCUUGGGGCGUCAACCUUCCGGCGCAUACAGUGAUCAUUAAAGGCACCCAAGUUUAUUCCCCCGAGAAGGGUAGCUGGGUUGAACUAAGCCCUCAGGACGUGUUACAGAUGCUUGGGCGAGCGGGACGCCCCCAGUAUGAUUCCUAUGGCGAAGGUAUUAUUAUCACCACGCAAGGGGAGUUGCAAUAUUAUCUCUCAUUACUUAACCAGCAGUUACCAAUCGAAAGUCAGCUGAUGAGCAAACUUGCCGACAAUCUGAAUGCGGAAGUUGUUUUAGGGAAUAUCCGCAGUCGUGAUGAUGGCGUAGAAUGGCUUGGAUACACCUAUUUAUUUGUCAGAAUGCUGCGCUCCCCGGGUCUUUAUAGUGUUGGUACCGACUACGAACAUGACGAACUCUUAGAGCAACGGAGGGUGGAUUUGAUACACUCUGCAGCAACAAUUCUUGGGAAUGCUGGCCUCAUCAAAUACGAUAAAAAAAGUGGGAAGCUGCAGUCGACAGAGCUAGGUCGGAUUGCCUCACAUUAUUACAUUACUCACAGCUCAAUGGUUACCUACAACCACCACCUCCAACCAAUGAUCUCGACAAUUGACCUUUUUCGUAUAUUCUCUUUAAGUGAGGAAUUCAAGUAUAUUCCAGUUCGGCAGGACGAAAAAAUGGAGCUCGCCAAGUUACUUGGUCGUGUUCCAAUUCCUGUGAAGGAGGGUAUCGAGGAGCCACAUGCAAAGAUCAACGUUCUUCUGCAAGCUUUCAUUUCUCGUUUGAAGCUUGAGGGUCUUGCACUCAUGGCUGAUAUGGUUUACGUCACACAGUCUGCAGGUCGUAUUCUUCGUGCAAUUUUUGAGAUUACCCUUCGGAAAGGUUGGUCUUAUGUUGCAAAAAAUGCUCUUCACAUGUGCAAAAUGGCGGAAAAACGCAUGUGGCCGACAAUGUCUCCUUUGCGCCAAUUUCCAACCUGUUCUCGUGAGAUUAUCCAGAAGGCGGAGCGGAUUGACGCUCCCUGGCCUAGCUAUUUUGAUCUCGACCCUCCCCGGAUGGGAGAGCUUCUUGGCAUGCCAAAGGCGGGGCGGGCAGUGUGUGAUUUAGUAUCAAAAUUUCCUCGAUUAGAAAUUCAGGCGCAAGUACAGCCAAUUACCCGCUCUAUACUUCGGGUUGAGCUCACGAUCACACCAAACUUUACUUGGGAUGACGCUUUACAUGGAAAUGCAGAAAGCUUCUGGAUUCUAGUCGAGGAUUGCGAUGGUGAAGAUAUACUAUUUCAUGAUCAAUUUGUUCUUCGCAAGGAGUUUGCAACCGCUGAGAUGAAUGAGCAUCUGGUUGAGUUCACGGUUGCCAUUACAGAACCGAUGCCUCCCAACUAUUUCAUUUCUCUCAUAUCCGAUCGCUGGAUGCUGUCGGAAACAAAAGCUGCGGUUGCCUUUCAAAGGUUGAUACUCCCUGAGAAAUUUUCCCCCCAUACUCAAUUGCUGGAUAUGCAGCGAGUUCCGAUCAAAGCUUUGAAAGAUCCGGACUAUGUGACCCUAUAUCCUCGGUUGGAGAAUUUUAAUAAAGUUCAGACACAGGUAUUCAAGUCAUUAUUUGAUUCUGAUGACAAUGUGUUUGUUGGGGCACCCGUUGGGAGUGGCAAAACUAUCUGCGCUGAAUUCGCUCUGCUACGACACUGGUCAAUGGAUGGCAAGGGCAAAGCAGUAUAUAUCGCCCCUUUCCAAGAAAUAAUUGAGCAACGUCUUGUUGAUUGGCAGAACCGUCUCCAGCAUAUUCAUGGGGGAAAAGUUAUUUCAAAACUAACUGGCGAAACCACCGCUGACUUGAAAAUUUUGGAAGGAUCAGAUUUAUUAUUAGCAACCCCGGCCCAAUGGGAUGUUAUGUCGAGACAAUGGCAGCGCCGGAAAAGUGUGCAAGCUGUUGAAUUGUUUAUUGCGGAUGAGCUUCAUAUGCUAGGCGGCCAGGGUGGCUACGUAUACGAAGUGGUAGUAUCUCGAAUGCAUUAUAUUGCCCUUCAGACCGAGAAAGAGCUGCGUAUCGUUGGCCUAAGUGUUCCACUUUCCAAUGCCCGUGAUCUUGGAGAAUGGUUGGGAGCAAAAAAGCACACAACUUACAACUUUAGCCCCCAUGCCAGACCUGUACCCCUUGAGCUUCAUAUCCAAUCCUUCACCAUCCCUCACUUUCCAUCACUGAUGCUUGCAAUGGCAAAACCCGCCUACUUAUCUAUUCUUCAACUGUCCCCCGACAAACCAGUAUUGAUAUUUGUUCCUACGCGGAAGCAAACACGCUCCACAGCACUGGACCUAGUCGCUUCAUGCAUUGCAAAUGACGCUGAAGAUCGAUUUCUUCAUACUGAAAUCGACCAGAUUGCUCCUUUGCUAGAGCGACUAGAUGAACGGGCCCUAGCAGAAUCAAUAUCCCAUGGUAUCGGCUAUUACCAUGAGGCCCUUGGUAAAAAUGACAAGCGCAUAGUCUCCCACUUAUUCGGCAUCGGUGCUAUUCAGAUCAUGCUUGCCUCGCGAGAUGUAUGCUGGGAGGUCGACUUUGCAGCCCAUCUUGUCAUUAUAAUGAAUACUCAGUUUUUUGACGGCCGAGAGCAUCGAUAUAUUGACUAUCCGAUCAGUGAAAUUCUUCAAAUGUUCGGGAAAGCAACUCGGCCAUUAGAGGACCAGACCGGCAAAGGUGUACUUAUGGUUCCUGCAGUGAAAAGAGAUUAUUAUAAGAAGUUUCUUAAUGAAGCUCUACCAAUAGAAAGCCAUUUACAGACAUACCUACACGAUUCCUUUGUCACUGAGAUUAGUACAAAGACCAUAGGCUCUACUCAAGAUGCUGUGGACUGGAUGACAUAUACCUACUUUUAUCGACGCCUCCUUGCUAACCCUAGUUAUUACGGUCUAGUAGAUGUGAGCCAUGAAGGUCUUAGCACAUUUUUGUCGGAGCUUGUCGAAAAUACUUUAAAGGAACUUGCAGAAGGAAGGCUCAUUGAUCUCGAUGAAGAAGAAAAUACUGUAUCGCCGCUUAAUGCUGCCAUGAUUGCUGCAUAUUACAACAUUUCCUUUAUUACGAUGCAAACAUUCUUACUAUCAUUGACUGCUCGAACAAAGCUGAAGGGUAUACUGGAGAUUAUUACCUCAGCGUUAGAAUUUGAAAAUAUUCAGGUUCGACGCCACGAAGAACGUCUUCUGCGCCGUAUCUAUGAUCGUGUUCCUGUGAAGAUGUCUCAACCUUCCUAUGACUCACCUCAUUUUAAGGCUUUUGUUCUUUUGCAGGCUCAUUUCUCGCGGAUGCAACUCCCUAUCGACCUGGGAAAAGACCAAGAAGUGAUUUUAGGCAAAAUUCUCAAUCUUCUUAGUGCGUGCGUCGAUGUACUUUCUUCUGAGGGGCAUCUCAACGCUAUGAACGCAAUGGAAAUGUCGCAAAUGGUGGUGCAGGCCAUGUGGGAUAGAGACAGUCCUCUAAAGCAGAUACCUCACUUCUCCACAGAGACGAUAAAAGUGGCUAAUGAGUUCAAAAUCCGAGACAUUUUUGAGUUCAUGGAAGCAAUGGACCCAUCCGAAAAUAAAGACUAUGCCACUCUGGUGAAGCGUCUUGGUCUUACCAAUAAUCAACUUGUGCAGGCAGCCGCCUUCACAAACCACAAAUAUCCAAGCAUUGAGAUAGAUUUUGAACUCCUUGAUAAAGAGAACAUUACUGCUGGUGAACCGGCUUACGUCAAAAUUAAAUUAGAACGCGAAGGAGAGGAAGAAGGAGAGUUUGACUCAACGGUUUCCACUCCAUUUUACCCUGCCAGAAAAUUGGAGAGUUGGUGGCUUGUUAUCGGAGAAGAAAAGAGCCAGAGCCUAUUAGCCAUAAAGCGGGUAACCGUUGGUAAGAAGUUGGAUGUCAAACUGGAAUACAUUGUUCCUAGCCCGGGGGAACAUACGCUCACUCUCUACUUGAUGAGUGACAGCUAUGUUGGAGUCGAUCAGGACCCGACAUUCACUAUCAUCGCCGCUGAAGGAAUGGACGAGGACGAGGAUGAUGAGUGA